AAUUAAGAGUUUUCCAUUAUAAAUUUCACUUCAUCUUUGAUCUAGGUUUAAAUAGUAAGAUAUCACCUUUUAGAAGAAAGAAUCACUAAUAAAGACCAGAAGUUGAAGACACCCAGUGCCGUGCAUUCCUCUUGCACAAUGAGUGUUGAACCCAAGCGAUAUUUCCUUAAUCACUACCCUGAUCAUGAAGAUGGUGGUCCAUCAUCAAUUACCAUCACUCCUGAGAAACAGAAAGAAAUGCUGGACAUGCUUGUCAAUAUUGUCCUCAAGAACUUCACAAAGGAAGCAAAGCACACAGAUGGAGGCUUGUACGUUGGACUGGCUGGAGGAGGGUACAUGAUGCUCUACCUAUCCCAGUUGCCAGGCACAGAAUCCUCACGCCAGACUCAGUACCUGCAGGAGGCUCUCAGUUUCCUCAAACGUCCCAUUCAAUACAUGCAAGCAGCUGGGAACAGACAACACAUCACUGACAGGACAGGCUUCCUCACAGGCAAUGUUGGCAUCAUGGCUGUUGCUGCUGUUGUUCAUCACAAGCUUGGUCAGAGUGCUGAGCGUGAUAAUGCACUGCAGCAAAUCCUUGCUGCUGCUUCAAUUCUCCAAGAACCCAAUUGGUUUGCUAACGGAGGAGAUGAACUCUUUGUGGGGAGAGCAGGAUUUCUGUGUGCUAUUUUGUGGCUACGGAAACAUCUCAACACUCAGGUUUACCCAGACUCAGAAUGUCACCGCAUGCUGAUGACGAUGGUGCAGUCGGGGCUACAGUACAGCAAAGCCACCAGCUCGCCCCUGCCCCUCAUGUAUCACUACUACGGCACGCAGUACCUCGGCGCAGCGCACGGUCUUGCUGGCAUCCUCCUCGUCAUGCUCAGCUUCCCCAACUGGCUACAACAAGAACCUGAGGUCACGGGACUGCUACGCCAGACCAUCGACGGUCUAGCAGCGCUGCAGCAGCCCAACGGCAACUUCCCGUGUGCCAUGGACGAGCUCUCUGGGGGGCGCGCUGAGGAGGACGAACUGGUGCACUGGUGCCACGGCGCCCCUGGCAUGAUCUACUUAUUUGCUAAGGCGUACACAUUCUUCAAUGACCCGAAAUACCUCGACGUGUGCAUCAAGUGUGGGGAAAUCACGUGGCAGAAAGGACUGCUCAAGAAAGGCGCAGGCAUUUGUCACGGCAUCGCUGGGAGCGGCUUCGUGUUCCUUCUGCUGUACCGCCUCACAGGUGACCUCAAGUACAUCCACCGCUGCAAGUGCUUUGCCAAGUUCAUCUUCUCAGAAACGUUCAGAAAAGCUCGCACUCCAGACUGUCCCUUCAGCUUGUUCGAGGGUCUCGCCGGCACGGUGUGUUAUUUGGGAGACAUGUUAGCUCCUCAGCAAGCAGCGUUCCCAUUCUUUGACCUCAUCUAACGUUGUACCUGACGCAUUUUUAAGUGCGGAUACUACCCAUCACUUAGUAUAGUAUCUAUCUUCAAUCUGUAACAAGUUCGUGUGUCGUCGGAUCAGAUGAUAUUGAAAUUCUUUCUGGUCUACACGAGCAAUUUCUUUUCAAAAGUUUAUUAGACUGAAACCGAUGAAAUAGAAUAACAUAUCUAGUAUGUCAAUUAAUGUCUAAAUUCAUCAACCUGAACACUUUGAAUCUUUCCGAAAUGUUCUCAUGUAAUCUAUGCAACUCCUCUUCUGAAGUUAGAUUUGUUCUGCAUUACUUGAUCUCUUCAUACGAUUUAAUAUUGAGAAAUAUUUACAUUUAGUUAACAAAUGCCACCUAUCAUGAUAAUUCAGAAAAGAGCAGUUCAAUAUAGCUGCUUCACUUAUGAAAUAAUUCAUGUGCAGUAUUUCCAGAACAGAAAACUUCUGUUCGUGAUGAGCACUUCUCGUUCUAGAGUCGUUGCUGAAAAAAUUAGACAAGAUGACUUAAAGACUGUCGGGAAAAAUUUCGUCUUUGAAUUAAUAUAGCAGCGCAGCUCAAAGUUCUUAAAUAUUGGUUUGUUUUGGAGUUAGUCUGCUCGUUCGAUUUUGUCAUUUUGCUUCCAUUCGACAGUCGAUUCGACAAUACUUCGAUUUCUAAAGACUCCUUUAAUUUACUUUGUUCGAAGAUUAUUGUCAUUGAAACUUCAUAGUUUUGCAAAUACUCAUUGCGUUUCUGGGCAGCUGGGAGCUGUCAAGCUCUAUAAGUGGAGAAAAUCCUUAUUAGUAGGUCUAAGUCUAAUUUCCAUCUUGUGUACUGCUGAAUCCUGCAAGGAAUAAUCUUCAACUAUGUAAAAUUUCAUCAUAACUAAUAUGUCGAUUAUCGCUAGAAAAUUAUCAAUGAUGUGGACUGUAAUUUCGUUUAUUUAAUCUGAAAAAAUUUUAACGUUCAUAAUAAGAUCAGCAAGGAUUUUGUGGCACAUCCCAAAAUUUAUAUUAACGAUGACAUGGCGUAAAAUUUAAGUGCAAUAAUGUAAUAUGUCGUAAGUAUAAAUGAAUCGUCGUUAGGAUGCUAACUAAAUCAGUUUGUUUGAGAACUGUUCUCUGUGCCCCAUUUCUUCAUUUAUAAUUUACAUAUGUGUGCCAAAACAAUUUUUCUGUUACUUCGGGAAUUGAAUUACUGUAUAAGUAACUUAGGGCCAUCAUUGACGAAGGCAAAUGCUUGGUUAGAUCAUCCGCACAUUUUUGAAUCUCAAUCGAGAAAGCACACUUCGUCCUCGCCACGUAAUCGUGUUUGACUUGCAAUAGAUUGUUACUUGACAAACAGC